UUCUUAUAUAAUUCUCUCUUUGUCUUUUGUGUCCCUUGUAUCUAUGUUUAUUUUUCAUGGUGCCUUUCUUUCUCUUUCUCUCUCUCUCUCUCUCUCGUUCUGUCUCUCUCAAUCUCCUACCUCCCAUCUCCCUCUUGUAGCCUCUCUGUGCUUAUCUUAUCGCUGCCAGUUCUCUCUAUCGCUCCACACUUGGACCAACCGCCCAAUGAUGACUUAAAAGUCCUCUCUCUCUUGUUACGACCAUGGUACGAUUUGCAUUUGUAUAAAGCCCUUCACUUCUGGAGGACAUUUCAUAGUGUCUCGACCGAGCCUGGGGAAGGAAGCUGAAGAGAACAGAACAAACAACAUCUGGACAUCACUGUUUGGGAACGCAGACGCCACAGAGAGCCUGAGACGGACUGGGAGCCUGAGCGGGAUGGAAGGUGAUGGAAGUGACAGAGGCAGUUACUGCUCGAUGGAAUUUGAAAAUGAAGGCGGCGUGAGGAUCGAGUUGCCGGAGCGCAGCGAGGCCCUCAGCAACUCCAGCGCCGGCGGCCACAAGGCCAAGAGCGGCGGCGGCAACGCGGGUAACGUCGUGGUCAAGGCCGCCGUCACCAGCAGCAGCAGCAGCAGCAGCCCAGGCCCCGGCCCCGGGGUGGCCGUCCGCCAGCCGCCACCUUCCUCCCUCCCGUCGGCCGCGCCGCUCUUCGACAUCGUGGUGAAGCCUCCCCCGCCGCCCAGCCGCCUGCUGAGUAUUAUGGACAAUUUGUCGGAUGAGCACAGCAGCAGCAGCAGCGGCGGUAGCAGCAGCAGCAGCAAAGAGCCCGAGUACGAGAGCCUUCCCCGCAACGCGUCCACCUCCACUCACAUGAUCGCCGGCGCCGUGGCCGGUGUCAUGGAGCAUUCCGUGAUGUACCCCAUCGACUGCGUCAAGACACGAAUGCAGAGCCUUCAGCCGGAACCAGCCGCCAGGUACAGGAAUGUAAUGGAUGCCCUGAAGAGGAUCGUCCGCACUGAAGGCUUUUGGAGGCCAAUGAGGGGAUUGAAUGUGACUGCCACUGGCGCUGGGCCAGCCCACGCCCUCUAUUUUGCCUGCUAUGAAAAAAUUAAAAAGACACUGAGCGAUGCUAUCCAUCCUGGUGGCAAUAGUCACAUAGCUAAUGGUGCGGCAGGGUGUGUGGCCACUUUGUUUCACGAUGCAGCAAUGAACCCCGCUGAAGUGGUGAAGCAGCGAAUGCAGAUGUACAACUCUCCAUACAAACGAGUCUUGGACUGCAUGAGGACAGUGUGGAAAGCUGAAGGGGCCGGUGCCUUUUACCGGAGCUAUACCACCCAACUGACUAUGAACAUCCCCUUCCAAGCCGUUCAUUUCAUGACUUACGAGUUCUUGCAGGAGCAGUUGAAUCCACACAGACAAUACAACCCCUCCUCGCACGUUCUCUCUGGCGCCAUGGCUGGAGCUGUGGCAGCUGCCGUUACCACACCACUGGACGUUUGCAAAACACUACUAAACACGCAGGAAUCCCUGGCCCUGAACUCCCUCAAUAUCAGCGGACAUCUCUCUGGCAUGGCAAAUGCCUUCAGGACGGUUUACCGGCUGGGAGGUAUCCCAGCAUAUUUCAAGGGGGCUCAGGCUAGAGUGAUCUACCAGAUGCCAUCUACAGCCAUCGCCUGGUCUGUGUAUGAAUUCUUCAAGUACUUCAUUAGCAAGCAUCACCAUGAUAGGAGGUCAGUUUACUGAAAACCGAUAAGCCAGCACUGAUGCCAUUAGAAAACUACUUGGACUUGCAAUACCCCUUCCACUAUUGCCCCUCCUGUCUGUUAGAUAAAAUCCUGGCAGCAGCUCCCACACGGACUGCACUUUUUCCAAUCGGAAUAAAAUUGUCACCACGUCUCCAAUUGUAACGUUCAAACCAAAGUCGAUGUAUUUGCUGUAAUAGCUACAGACAGGUAGACUUCAGGCCGUUGUCAACAAGUAAUACGCACAGGUCUUUGCUGCUGGCACAAAGUUGGAUGCACCGGCACCUCUGAGGGUCCCAUCAUUGUUUUGUAAUCAUUGUUCCUUUUGGACACUCUUGUUUGCCCUAAAUGCUCUCCUCCCAAUUUGCUAGGUUGGUUUAAAGCAGAAACAAACGCAUGGCAAAGUCCCCACGUUCAGCACUGCUAUCAGUUGUGGACCAUGUAUGUAUUUCCCAUGUAUUGCCCAGGGUGGCUCAGAUCAUCAACCACUGCUAAUGUAGGCAUCGAUCUAUUUGAUGCAGACGGCAUCUUUGCUUGGCGACCUCUUCUGUUCUCACUGCGUUGAGCCUUUUCGUGCCUACGUUUGCAUUCGCAAUGUACCUGUAAGGACUCCCAUGUAGUCCAUCCGUUCACUCGAGCAAUAGUCAUUUUAAUCAGGCAACAAUGCUUUCCUGCUGCAGAGAAAAGAGUUUUCACAAGGAUAAUGAUUAAACAAAAGAAAAUAA